GCAGCUCGUACAACGUCGUAACCACCGACCAGCAUCGCAACGUACAAGCUCGGUACAUAACCCUCGGGAUAGAGAUGCGGCUGAUCGGUCGUUGAUCUGCACGCCGAUGCAUAACCAAAACCGAAUAACGUCUCACAGCAGACGACUACGUGUGUUGCUUCCUUAACUGCCCACCCUCCCCGCAAUAGCUGCGUCUCUACCCCGCCUCAUCUUACACCUCGAUACCCCUUCUACGAAUUAAUACAUGCACUGAUGUCACCAAACCUGGACAUUCUCAUUGUCGGCGCCGGCUUGUCCGGCCUGGCCGCAUCGAUCCAAUGUGCAUUGUCAGGACACUCUGUGACAGUGCUUGAGAGCGCAAAAGCGCUUGCUGAGAUCGGCGCCGGGUUGCAACUCACACCGAACGCCACACGCUUGUUCCAGGACUGGGGCGUGUAUGAUUCGUUACGAUCUCUCGUCUGCGAACCGAAAACUCUCACGGUGUACAACUACAAGGGCAAGGUUCUAGCGAACGAGGAGAACUUCGAUGCCAAUAUCAGACGGAAGUACGGGGCUCCAUUCUCGGAUUGCCAUCGCGUGGACUUGCAGCAGGCACUCGUGAAGAGGGCAAGGGAGCUGGGCGUCACAGUUGUGCUUGAUGCCCGAGUGACAGGGAUUGAUUUUGGGUCGAAAACAGGAGAUCGAGCGAGAGUGACCGUCGGCGAGAAAACGUACGACGCAGAUUUGGUCGUUGGCGCAGACGGCCUCUGGUCAACAUGUCGGUCCACAAUGUUGGGGAAAAGAGAUCCUCCGCUGCCAACCGGCGACUUGGCCUACAGGAUUGUGCUGGACAUUGAUCAAAUCAAAGACCAGAAGCUUAAGGAUAUGGUUCAAAAUCCAACGUGUCGGUUUUGGGCCGGGCCAGAUUCACACGUAGUUGCAUACAGCAUGCGGGGCGGUAACAUGUACAACGUCGUGCUUCUCGUGCCGGACGACCUCGACGAGGGUGUUGCAAGAACGGAAGGUGACAUUGAUGAAAUGCGGAAGCUUUUCAAAGGGUGGGAUCCUGUGUUGACCGAGUUCCUCGAGUGCGUCGACAAGGUGGAUAAGUGGAAACUGAUGCACCGGGAGGAAUUACCGUCGUGGAUCAACCCACAGUCUAACCUCGUACUGAUCGGAGAUUCAUGCCACCCCAUGCUUCCUUACUUAGCGCAAGGCGCAAACUCGUCGAUCGAGGACGGUGCCGUACUAGGAUUGUUAUUGGGGCCAAAGCACCUCGUUGACAAAGCGCAACUUCCGGAUUCAUUGAAGACCUUCGAGAAGUUGCGAAAAGCAAGAGGUGAAGGCAUCGUGAGAGAGACUUUCAAACAGCGUAAGGAUUUCCAUAUGCGCGAUGGUCCUGAACAGGAAGAGCGUGAUCAACGGAUGCUGCGGCAGUUGGGUCAGGAGCUUCAGGGCUCAUUCCCGAGUCGGUGGACGUGCCCGGAGGUCCAGCCUUGGCUAUACGGCUAUGAUGCUUCAAAGGAAGUCGAGACUGCUACCGCACUAUGACGACAGGAGCGUUUUCCGUCAGAGCUGCAGUAGUACGGCGGUGCACAUAGGGUGGCGGUGUCAAAAAGCAAGGCGUCCCAUGAACAACCCCAUGUCAGCCUCGGUACUUCGAACCCAACUUGAACUCUCAU